AUGGACUACGAGAGGAUUCACAAACCUCAGACUGGAAUAAUUUCCCCAAGUAAACUGAGGAUGAAGCUUAUAGGUCACAGAAAGAAGGAUGGAUCCAACAGUAACUCAUCCAGAACUUCCCCUUCCAGAAUUGAUGAUGCUGAAUUUGUCAACAGCUUACUACCUUCUAACAAUGGCAACCCUGACGAUGAAGUUACAUCUCCCAGCUUAGAACCAAAGGGAAACGGUGGCACCGGCCUUACCAAGAUUCAGCAUCUUCAAAAGGCUGAUGGUGGAAGUUCAAGCACUAUUCACCCGGUGAGAACAAUAGAAGAGGAAAAUCUUGAUUAUGACAGUAAUGCUAGCUCAUCAAGCUUCGAGUUUGAUAAAGGAGAGAGAUCGGUGAACAAUCCGGCAACAAGAUCACUAUUGAGGCCUAUUCCUUCUAAGUGGAAUGAUGCUGAGAAAUGGAUAAUGAGGCAAAACACACAAGCUACUAUUUCAAAAAAGAAUAAUACUCUGCAUAAUAGUCAACCUAAUCGCAUGGUGAGGGUUGCUCCGGAGUCUGGUGUUUAUGAUCAUAAGUUAUCAACAGCCAAGGUGACAGAAACAAAGCGGGUUGACAAAUUCUCUUUUGUUCCUUCCGAUGGAAGAAAUCCAGUACUAGAAGAGUCUUAUCCCCAAAGCAAAGAUUUAAAGGAAGUAAAUGACUUGGACUUAUCUUGCUCAACAAGUACACAUGAUCAUACAGAAUUUCCUGGAAUUCGAUCGGUGGCAAUGAGAGAUAUGGGAACAGAAAUGACCCCUGUGCCAAGUCAAGAGCCUUCACGAACUGCUACUCCUGGUGGCUCAGCAACUCCACUACGUAGCCCAGCGUCUUCAAUGCCUUCAACUCCAAGGAGAGGUGAGCCUGCUUCAACACCUUUGGACAACACAACUGAUGAUGAUUUGCAGUUUCCAACUGAAAAUGGAAGAAAACACUUGUCUGAAGAAGAAAUGAAACUCAAGACAAGGAGAGAGAUUGCAGCCCUUGGCGUGCAGCUUGGUAAGAUGAAUAUUGCUGCUUGGGCAAGCAACGGCGACGAGGAAGAGAAAAAGUCUGCUAUGAGGGACGCAAAUGUGGAACAACAUGAGAGAAUUGAAUUUGAAAAGCGUGCUGCCCAGUGGGAGGAAGCUCAAAAGUCUAAACAUACUGCAAGAUUUAAACGUGAGGAAAUCAAAAUUCAAGCAUGGGAAAGUCAGCAAAAGGCAAAGUUAGAAGCAGAAAUGAGAAGAAUUGAGGCCAAAGUUGAGCAAAUGAAAGCUCAGACACAUGCAAAGAUGGUGAAAAAGAUUGCUCUGGCAAGACAAAGAUCAGAAGAGAAACGUGCGGCGGCCGCAGCUAGAAAAAGUCGGGAAGCCGAAAGAACCGCAGCUCAAGCAGAGUACAUACGCCAAACAGGGCGAAUGCCCCCUUCCAGUUACACCUGUUGUGGUUGGGUCUGAUGUAUAGACAUUGCAAUUAAAACAAAAUGCAAAUCACAUAACUGUGUAAGGUAUGAGCCAUAAACAAUGGCAAAUGAUAGAUCUUGUAUGUUACUGAAACCCUGUAGUUUUCAGGCACCUGAGUGCAACUUGCUACGUAAAAGUAAAAGGGAUUGCUGAAUGAUGAUUUUUAUAAGUCACAGAACUGUGUCUGUUUCAUUUUUUUAUUAUUAUAAAAAAAAAAAAAAUUGGAGGAGGAAAAAAAAUAGAGAGAAGAAAAUGAAAGUGUCUGCUUUCACCUA